UUUGGUGCAGGACAGAUUUUUUUUUUCUUUUUUUUUUUCUGCAUCCCUGCUUACGUCUGGCUGCCGGAGGAACACAGAGUUCCGCAUUCCCGAGUCCUCCCAGCCAGGGAUCAGUAUAUAAACGUGCUGAUGCAACGCUUUCCCCUGUUCAAAAUCUACUCGAGACCCCCAGCUGACCUGAAGAAGGCACAUCAAGGGAACGCGGGAUCGAAGUCAGCUGUGGUGAAGGGCGUGUAUGCCAUGAUGCCCGGACAGAUCCCUGACCCAUCGGUGACAGCAGGCUCUCUACCCAGCUUGGGUCCGCUGGCUGGGAUCUCGGCCACGACGCUCACGGACCAGCUGAAAUACGCCGACCUGUGCAGUCUAGGAGCCAUGCUGUCUCCGCUGCACCUCCUGGGCAAGCUCAGCAAGCACCAUCUUCCUAUUAAAGCUGAGAAAGAUGAGGAGGAGGAGAGGAGGAAGAGGAGGCGAGAAAAAAACAAAGUGGCAGCAGCAAGGUGUCGAAACAAAAAGAAAGAGCGGACGGAGUAUCUACAAAGGGAGUCUGAGAGGCUGGAGAUGAUGAACUCUGAGCUCAAAGCGCAAAUCGAGGAGCUGAAGCAUGAGCGGCAGCAGCUUAUCCUCAUGCUCAACCGGCACCGGCCGACGUGCAUCGUGAGGACGGACAGUGUGAAAACCCCCGAGAGCGAGGCUAACCCCCUCCUGGAGCAGCUGGAGGCCAAAUGAGGAAAAGUACAGAGACUCAAGAGUGGUGCUUUUCCACACGUACUGUUUACAGGUUAGCUUCCAUACAGCUAGCUAGAAGCACUUAGCUCUAAACUCUCGGACACUUAAAGGUUGAACGAGUGAAGCACUCCAACCCGUAUGCUUGGAGUUUUUGAGCCUUUGUGGAACCCCCGUCUCACCCAUGCAUACAUGUCCCAAUCAGAUUGGACUACAUGCUGACAGUUACGAGUUUGUAGUAUUUUUUAAAAACAAAAAAUGUUUUUUAAUUCUCUGCCUAAUGGUUUUAUCUUAAUCCGACAGGCUAACAAGACAGUUUGUAACAGAUAGCAAAAACAACAACAAGAAGGCACUUCCUCAAAGUAUCAUG